AUGCCAGCCCCCAAGCCAGAGCUCCAACCACUGAAGACUCCAAAGUCUUUCACAUUCCCUUCGGAAAUACACAAGGCCUCCAAAACCCUUACUGUCAAUGAAAUCAAACGCGAAGAUGGAAGCGCAACUCCUAUCACACCUCCACUGUCAUAUACCGAGUUCCUCAGCGCUCUUACACCAGUAUUCACAAGUCCAGUGAGUGCCGGAGGGUUUCCAAAAUUCUCGAUGGAAAAAACCGAGCCGUCGCCUAUUUCGCAGCCGUCUUCUGCAAUAAGUCCCGCGUUCUCCGAGAAUUCAUUGAAAUCGCCAGCCAUCUCCCUUCCACCACCCUCACCUUCACCUCGCACUGCUAAGUCCGCUAAAGCGCCGCCUGCGCUAAGACGACUGCGCAUUCCUCAAUCUCUCAAGGCAUUUUCGUCAAAGGAUUCCCCGCGAACUGCUACUCCGUGCAGCGCGACUCCAUACAGUGCCAGCCCUUAUAGUGCGAAUCCCUGGAGUACGAGUAGUCUUCGAUCACCAUUUUCGCCAUCAGACUGGAAACUUCGGUAUCUUGAUGCACCGAGAAGUGCGACCACAAAAGCUGUCAGUGUCCGACAAGUUGUUACCCGCACUGUCACGUACAAACGUACCCCGCUUGAUCCCCCGCCCAAGGGGAAGAGACGCAAGACCCAGGAAUGUCGAGAGGCUUGA